AUGGCGGUCAACCCGUGGUUCAGGCUGCUGGUCUACGGCAUGCUCGGAUUUUCAUACGAAAUUAUAUUUACUUCGCUGUGGGACUUUGUAGCGUCAGAUUUUACCAACUUCAAAUUUGUUGGCUACUCUUCUAUCUGGUCCUUCUUUAUUUAUGGAACGUGCAGCUUUUGUGGAGAGCAAGUCUACCUACGCACAAGAAAACGCUUAUCGACUCUCUUACGAGGUCUUAUCUACGUUCAAAUGGCGUACACGUGGGAAUUUAUUGGUGGCCUCAUUUUGAAUCAAUUUUCCGCGCGUACCUGGGACUACACUCACUACAAGUAUGACGUAAUGGGGUUGAUCGCGUUGGAGUAUGCACCCUUAUGGUUUUGCAGCGGUCUUCUCCAAGAAUAUUUCUACGAAUAUUUGACUCAGUCACUGCAGUUGUCAGCCAAUAAUAAUGUAGAGUCAAAAGAGGGGACACUGAACCUUAAAAGCAAUAAUUGUAACUCUAAGGUCGAUUGACAUGCAACAGACGAAGCGUGAAAUCACUCUAAGGCUUUUGACGUAACGAACGGCGUAACUUCUUCAAAUGGUAUCUUAUAUGGUAAUUAUCAGGGGUCCCCUACCAAUUUUAAUUCUCACUUUAGUUUGUGAAUUUUUCCACGGGUUUCUUCUCUCUUCCCACAGUUGUUAAUUCCUUUGGAACUUGCUAUUUAAUUAUCCCCUGGGGCAACAUUUUUCUUAUCUCUCUACUGUUGAUCAUGACAGUGUCUUUCUUUUUUUUUUUUCAGAGUUCGUUGUAAGACUUGAGUGUCCACACUGAUUUGCUUGUCGGCAGCCUCCUUUUUCGUUUCGACAAAAAUAAAUAUCGAUUUAUCCGUCUUGUGUCGUUUAUGACCUUUCAUACAAAGCUAUCGAAAACGCGUAUUAGGCGAUAAGUUUUCGUUCCAAAGUACUAUAUUCUUGUCUUUUCCCGUCACUUGAUAACGUUCGCCUUGUUUUGCCGGUCUAUACAUACGCGGUGGACCUUCGUUUUCCAGUCCCCACUUUCGAGACUGUUUUCAAAAACCUUCGUGUCGUGGAAGGCCCUCUCUGUUUUAUCGCAGUUUUAUGGACAUAAGGCCAAAAUCCAUUAAAAUGUAUGCGUUUCCAAACCAAAUCGCAUCAGUGUGGUGGGGUCUUACACCAGCAAGGUUUUUCCAUAAUUUUGUCAUUACUCUAUUUUGAUUGCGGUUAUUGGGAACUUCACUCAGGCCAAUAUUUCGAGUAGUUCGUGAGAAUGUGUUAAAGAAAUUUUGCAGUUAAUUUUCCGUAUUUUUGUCACUACUCUAGAAGCAUUUUCUCAAAAACUUUCUGUAGUUGUUUUGCCAAUCAGAACUGACCGUUUAUGUUAGUUUCAUUGCUUCCCUGAAAAUGUAAUUGACAAAGCAUCGUAAUGGAAAAGCACAAUCAAACCAUUUUUUAAUACGUAUUCAUCAAUAAAGCGUGUUAUUUAUAGCUUCUCAGUGGAUAUUUAAAUAUUUUUAUGCGAAUUCACAACUUGGCUGGUAGCAUUUUUCACCGGGAUUUUGAACCGGUGUUGUUAAUUCAGUUUAUUUAUUUAUUCAUUUAUGUAUUGUUUGAUAUAUUUUUCAGUGUAUUGCUCUAUUUAUUGAUUCAUGUAUUAAAUUAGAUAAUAGCUAGAGAGCUGGUCCUUCAGUGUUACUUGCCCAUUUUCCUUCCUGUGAAGUGCCCAUUUUGAGGAACUGAGAGUUCAGCCAUUGCUAUUUGUUCUUCUUCUCACUUCUCCCCCUUUCUUCUUGUGCCUUUUUUUCUGCUUGUUUUUUGUUUUGUUUUGUUUUUUACAACCAAGCAAAAUUACCCUUAGGACAACUGAAGUUGUCAUCCAUUUUUUUAAAGGACAUUUACCACAGAAUUGACUUUUAAGAUUACCGUGGUAACGGCAUUGAUAUCUCGUUAACAAAUCGGUAACUUUGCAUUUAACGCUGUUUUUAUUUAAUGAGACUGUUUUAGCUUGAAAUGUAGUAGAAGUCCACAGGUUUUAUAACCCUUUCACGCGUUUGAGUGAACAAAGGCGCCAACGCGAAGGGUAGGUUGUAAAAAAUCAGGGUUUUAAUAAAUUUCACACCCAAGUCUUGACCUCUGCGUGUGCUCACUACAGGGAGUGCAGGCGACAACGAUCGGACGUCAAAACGCUUUUACUCCAUCGCUGUGCUUUGCGUAAGUUUCACGUGACAGAUAGUCAAGACACGCGUGAUCAGAUUACGAGUGACGCGCGUGAUCAAAAUGCGUUCUGUGCACUCCAUUCAUUCUUAGUGGAAGUCCAAAUGAAUGGUGGCUGCAUUCAUGCGACGCAUGUGCAAUAACAACCUGGCCCGGGUUGCUCUUAGCAUGGUUAGUGCUAACCAGCGUUAAAGGGCAAUUUUAAUCUACGGGCAAUUUUUUGCCAGGGGGAGCGGUAAUCCAUUUGCCCAAAAAAUUCUUGCAAGUUGGCCAAAUUUUUACAAAACAGUCGAGAGGAAACUAGGGCCAUGCAACAAAAUAGGCCGUACUGGCAUAUGAAAGUGGCUCGAUACAGUUUUUCAGAGUCAAUACCUGCCAAGUUUGAGCAUAAACUACGUCGCCACAAACAAGCAUUUGGAAAAAAUUGCCACCACAGUUGUAUUAGAUAAAGAGGGAAAUUUGUCACGAUCAGGAUUGCAAUGACAUCGGAGCUGUCAUAGCAACGAAAUGACGCCACUACCUAUUAUGCUUGCAGCAAUAUUUCUCACUGGGAACUGUUCUUACAAAAUCGUUCAGGGGAGCUCUUUCCUCCAAUAGUCGCCUCGAUGUUCGUGAAGUUAAAACGGAACUGUAAAAGCGUUAUCGAGAUAUUUUGGGAUGAAGUUUUUAUCGUUAAAAAUAAGGUAAAAAAGGAAAAUCUUGAUGUUUAGUCGUAGUCUGAAGAAAACGGAGCGCUUUUGACAUGCAAUUUCACCUCACAGUAGUUUCAAUCUUAUUAAAAACAUGUAUGAAAGAUCAUGGAGAUAGCUCCUGCCAAUUGCUAUAAGGAAGGAUCUGAUUAGCGCUCGAUCUUGUUAGGGGUUUCGUAAACAUUUCGGUCUACUUAAACAAAUUAGUGAAUAAUUUUUAAACCUCUCGAUAGAUUUUUUAAAGAAAAUUAUGAUUCUUCUCGUAAUUCAAACUGAGAAUUAGUCAGCCACUUCACUUUCAGACCCAUUGCUGAUGUAUGUUCUGCCACACACUGUUCUAGGAGCGGAGGUGAUUCUAGAAAGUUAUGCGGAAGUUUAUUCUAAUCAAUUCAUGAUUGGAAAUAGCCCACUCCAGCUAGUACAGUGAAGUACAGUGCCCAACAAAAAAAAAAAUCAGCAUAUGAUACCCUUCCCUUAUCACAAGAAACUCAUCACGUGCUAGGCAACCACUGACUCGUGUGAACGUAACUGAAUUAUUACGCCGACUUCUGGUUAAAAUAGAAAAUAUUUGUCUCUUCAAAAUAAUAAUAAUAAUAAAAAACAUGGAAACGUCUUUAAAAACUGGCUUUACCCAAAUUUUCUCUUGCUGCCCAAAAAAUCUGAGUUGCCCAAACUUUGGGGGGCUGCAGCCCCCCUCGUCCCCCCGGCCCGUACGCCUAUGCUAAAGUCUACAAUAUCAGUACAUGUCGAAUGAAAGCCAUUAAACUGUCCAUGUUCUAUCCGUCUGAAGCAGACGGAUAAAACGUAUUGGACGAUCUAAACUCAUUCAGACGAACCUAACUGAGCCAGACGUCAAACUUUUCAAGUUUGUUUCGUCUCAUGAAAAAUCGACUUUUGGCCUAGGCCUAAAACCUCGUGUUAAGUAACAGACAAAUACGCAUGCAAUGAAUCUCAAAAUUCACGGGAACACCACACCACUAUUUCCUUCUUUAGGUCAGCAAUGGUCUGAAAUGUCAUACGUCUCCACACUCUAAUCUCUGGGGGGGAGAGUCUCUCUGUCCCCCUCGCCCCCUAUGGGCCAGUGGGUGGAGACGUAUGACAGUUCAGUUUAGGAUAGCAGCUGUUCUCUCUCCCAACCUCUUUUUCCAGCGGUGACGUGACUAAGAAUUUUAAAGUAUAACUUUGACUAAGCGGGGGUGAGGCAAUCAUAACCGUAAAACUUGAAAAAAAAAUAGCAAAACGGAAUAAAAGGUGUGCGUUGAUAACUCUUCAGUGAAGGAACAAAUGAAAUAUGUUUGCGACUGCAGCUGUAAAAAUACCCUCACGUCUAAACUUCGCAUAGCGAUAAAAUAGUAACAAGAAAACGUAACACCCAUUUUGUAAUGGCUAUAGCCUGGUAAAUCAAUCGUCAACUUUAACUUUAACAAAGAGGCCGCGGGAUGGAGCUCAUUUUUACUUAAUUUGUAACACUUCACAGUUGAUAGAUCCACAGGAAAUCCGUUUUCUUUUUCUCGAACAAUUAACCUUGGACUCUUUUACUGUAAUUAAUGCUAAUUAAAAUGCUCACAUACUGUGUAUAUACCGCAAGUUCUUUAAAAAUGCCACUAAAAAUAACAUAUUCCUGCUUUCCUUAAGCAAUAUUCAAGAAAAUUUCCUGCGUUUCAAACAUUCACAUGUUGAAAGACUAGCCAAGCCCACAUCAAACAAUGUGGAAGGAGCCGGUGACGAUCGACAGGUUCUCCGUCUCCUUUUCAACGUAGGAGCUUGGGAGCGAGUCUAUAGAAACGACAUGCGAUUGACUUUUCCUGUGAAACUGAUGUUUCUUUUAUUAAUCAUUUAUUUCGGAGAUCUGCACUGUCAAACACUUUAUUGCAAGUCAACAUCAUGAUAGUGACUGUUAUGGGGUAACAUGCCCACAAACCAGCAGAAAUGGCCUCUUUUUUGCCGAUAUUUCUCUGGAGCAAUCUAAGAGCUUAGCAGGAUUGCAACAGUCUAAUGACCUCAGAUUUAAGAUAGUGGAGAAAUCUAGAAAUCAGGGCCCCGCCGCUAAAAGGCCGACUGACUAGGGCUGAUCCUGGAUUAAAAUCUUAAUCUACCAUGUAUUUACCUUCGUAUGAAUACUUUUAAAGGAUUUUUUUGUUUUUCAAACCCGGACCUCGAAGUAAACGUUCCUCGAUAGCUAUUUCUUUUUUACCUCCACUUAAAUGUUGCUAGACGAGAGACCUUUCCUUAAAAAUUGGCUUAGUGCCGCCUGAGUUAAACUUAACCGAAAAACGGGUCCUAUUAUACACGCACGGCAGUCUCACGGACAUGUGAAUUAUUAUAAUUUAGUGGAACCUCAGUUCGUCCCCCUUGUAAACACAAAUAG